UCUGGGAUGGCGCCUCCUCCGCCUUCGCCCCAGCUGCUUCUCCUGGCAGCUCUGGCGGGGCUCCUGAGUCCCACUGAGGUGAUGGCUGAACCCGCGGAGGAGGCGGGAGCCGGUUGUCCGGAGGGCCUGUGGCCUCUGCCCCAACAGGUGUCACCAAGAGUGACGUACACACGGAUGAGCCCGCGGCGGGCUGAAGAUGUCAGCUUUCUCUACCACCCCUGUGCCCACCCCUGGCUGAAGCUCCAGCUUGCCCUCCUUGCUCACGUUCAUGUGGCCCAUCCCUCACUGGCCCCUGACUCCAGCCUCACUCAGGAUCGGCCCCUGGUGUUGGAAGCGUGGGGGGUGGUGCUGGAGAUGGCAUGGGUGGAUCCAGCCCAGGCUGCCCACUGGCUGAAGAGAAGGCGGCGGAAGAAGCAGAGGAAGAAGGCAUGGUUCCUCUUGGACAGCCGUUCUGGGCCCUCUCCCUUGGUUCGAACGCCAGGCAGAGGGAAGCUGUGCUGGAGAGGGUGUGUGCAGGCCCCAACUUUGGCCUUUACUCUGCGGAGCUGGCGGCCCCCAGGCACAGAAGUGGUGUCUAGAGGGCCCAGGCAGCACUCUCUUGGUAGUGCCAAGCGGCGUGGGCUACGGGCUGCCCUUGGUCUCCAGCCUACUCCCUCAGCCCUGAGGCUCCCAUCUGCUUCCCCAUGGAGCUUGGAAGCCAGGAAGCCCAUGUUAGGAAUGCCAGGUGAGGGGGGUAAUGCCCCAUCUGUGCCCACUGCCCCCCUGCUGCCUGAGGGGCCUGGAGGCAAUGCCAGCUACAGGAUAGAGACUCAGGUGCCCAUAGGGCAGAGCAGCCCGGGUGGCUGUGCCUGUCCAAGCCAGGCUUCCCCUGCCCCUCGGGCAGCAGCACCUCCGCGGGCAGUGGGGGGCCCCACCCCACGCACAGAGGAGGCUGCCUGGGCUGCCAUGGCCCUGACCUUCCUGUUGGUGCUGCUCACCCUGGCCACACUCUGCACUCGGCUGCACCGAAACUUCCGACGGGGGGAGAGCAUCUACUGGGGGCCCAUAGCAGACAGCCAAGACACUGUGGCUGCUGUGCUGAAGAGGAGGCUGCUGAUGCCCCCGCGUCGGGUCAAGCGCUCCCGCCGGAGACCCCUCCUCCCACCCACACCGGACAGCGGCCCAGACGGGGACAGCUCCGACUGAUUUGCCCCAGCCUUGCCACUGUGGCAGGUUUUGCUCCUCCUCCCCGGGGAGGCCGCGACCUCUGCCACGUGGACAGUGCAGGGCCGCCCCCUGGUGGUCUGAUGGAGCAGUGCUGCCUAAGUAUUCGCAGAAGGGUUGGUCCUCAAUGUAUUAUUUGUGGGGAGUGUUGGUGAAGGGGAGAAAAAGGAGCUGUUUUA